AUGGGAGAAAGCGAGGAUGGAGUCGGAGUUGAUUACAAAGCAGGUCGCGUUAAGGACAUCCAGCCCGUUCCAGCUCCUCCUUCGAGGAAGCACGGACCUGUAACCGUUAACGGAAACCACGUUCUUCCUCGUUCCUUCGCAACCCCUCUCUUCGGAUUUCGAGUACCCGUCGAAGUGUAUGGUUGCAGCGACCGAACACGAUUCCUUCUACCAGCUUCACCGACCAAUGCAACUUUCAUAUUCAUCACUAGCGGCUCUCCCUCUCUUGGCGUGUUUCGAGACACUGCCGAAGGUGAACUACGUUGGGGUCAGCAUCCGGGGAUGCUCCAACCUGAAGCACGGUUCGAACUUUGGGUAGGAGGAGGAGGGUAA